AGAGUGGAGGGAGUAUUUGUGUGUGAUACUGUUGGUAUAUUCUGUGCCGUAUCCAUAAGCAAUAGUCUCUAUAUUUCAUUGGACACGAAGGCAACUCGUAAACCUCCAACGUCUACCAUUUUUAAGAGAGAUUGUACCAAAUUCAAUAGAGCGAAACAAAAAGACGAUCCUUUGUUGCAAUGUUUUCGAGUCUUGAUCAUGGCAUGAUGGAUGGGGUUUGGGGAGGAACUUAACCUCUCUGAAUUCCCAAAUAAAUUGCUAAGGAAGUCAGAGAAAAUCAGAGGAACAUGGUUUUGUUUGCAAGUUUUGAACUGGGUCAAGUUCCUUUGGUUGACUUGUCAAUAUUCUGUGCUAGUUUUCACUAGUUUUCACGACGAUAGUUUAUAUGACUCCAGUAAUAUAUAGAAGCGGCAAAUGGUUGCAUGGAAAUGUUAAACUAGAUGGAGAAGCACCUGCUUUCUAAUACUAAAAUUGGCUAUUAAAUCAAGCUGUGAGGACAUGUCUGCAUGACCUGGUCUUCCUGCAAACUUCUUCUGGUUUAACGAACUCUUUUAGUGAGGCAAAUUUUCUCUGGCACUGGAUCUACCUGACAGAAAGUUCGUCUUGAAGAAAGAAGGACCUUUUGGCAAUAUAUAUUUAAUUUCUUAAAGAAGUGAAUCUCUUCGGGUUGGGAAGUCAUCAGGAUUCAGCUCGUUGGGGCAAAUCUCCUUUGGCAAAGUUACUGAAGUUUCCUCUAGCCGGGUAGUUCACCUGAUAGUGAAUAACUAAGCAGAGUUGAGACUUUCAGAUUAUUAUCAUUUACUGAGGAUUGCAUCCUUGCUACAGAGCAGAUCUCCUUUUGUUUGAAUUUUUGCUCUGGCAAAUUUUUUGUAUCUUGUUGAUAUAUAUCCUUACAGUGCAAUCUUCAUUGGAAGUUUCUUCUUGCAAGAGCUUCAGUCCAUUUCUUGGGCAAAUCUCCUUUGGCAGCUGGAGUCCAAGUUGACUCCUAUCAUCCCCGUGGGCUAUCGGGAAUCUUGAGUUGGAUCCCUUUAUCCCUGUAGGGCAAAUCUCCUUUGGCAUUUGGUAAGCCUGAAUUGGCUUCCUGUUAUCACUUUACAAGGCUUAAGCAUAAGAUCUCUAUUUUCAGAGGUCAAGAUAUAUUUUUGUACUAUCUACAUUUGAAGCUUGGCAACAAUACCAAAAAUAAACUAACAUCAGAGUUCUACUAGCAUUGAUACUGUAGCUGAUCUUUGCCAGACCAUCAAUUGCAGUGUGUUUUAGAGUAUCAGACGGGUACAACUUUUGGAAUUUCAAGUUGCUUAAGCAAGUGAAAAUUUAGUGGUAUACGGGCUUUUAAUAAUAGGAAAUAUUUUUCGAGUCAAAGUUCCAGUGCACCUAGGGAGGAAAAUUAUAAAAAAAAAAAAAAAAGGAAAACAAAAGAAACAAAGUUGCUGAAUUGAAGUGUUGAUAUAUUCUUGUAGAUGAUGGAUAUUCUCUCGAGUGAUUCUGAUUGGGAAAGUGACAGCGGCAGCGAGCUUGACUUUCUCUACAGUGGGCAGGCACAUUGCAUUUUGUCAAGCCUGGAGGAAAGCCUAGGCAAAAUUGAUGAUUUCCUCUCAUUUGAGAGGGGCUUCGUGCAUGGGGACAUUGUUUGCUCCGCUGUAGAUCCAUCUGGACAGAUGGGGAGAGUUGUGAAUGUCAAAAUGUCAGUUGACUUGGAAAAUGUUAAUGGAAAAAUCAUAAAAGAUGUUGAUUCCAAGGAUCUUUUAAAGAUCCGUUCCAUUUCGUUGGGAGAUUAUGUGGUCCAUGGACCAUGGAUAGGAAGGGCUGAGAAAAUUCUUGACAAUGUCACUAUCAUCUUUGAUGAUGGGACAAAGUGUGAGGUAACUGCACCAGAUAAAGAAAAGGUUUUGCCUGUUUUUCCAAACAUGCUUGAAGAUUCAGUAUAUCCCUACUAUCCAGGACAGAAAGUGCAGGUUAGGCUUUCUGGUGCUUCGAAGUCUUCUAGAUGGUUAUGUGGUUCUUGGAAGGAAAACCAAGAUAUAGGAACUGUUUCUUCUGUAAAAGCUGGUCUAGUGUACGUUGAUUGGAUUGCCUGUGCUCUUGUUGGUUGUGAAUCCAGUUUGCCUGCUCCCCAACAUUUGCAGGCUGCAAAAAACUUGACUCUUUUGCCGUGUUUUUCACAUGAAGGUUGGCAGCUUGGUGACUGGUGUAUGCUUUCUGAUUGUAAGGGUGUGAAGGAGCAGAUGGUUUUUGACGAGUCUAACCUUGAGCUCAGUAAUGAGCAUGAUAAGAUAGGAAAAGGGUCGAAGAGACAAUCUUCUUGCUCCAAUUUUAAUGAAAUCUUUGUUAUUGUGAAGACAAAGACCAGAGUUGAUGUUUUGUGGCAGGAUGGUGACAGCUCAUUGGGAUUGGAUUCACAGUCUCUGGUCCCCGUAAAUGUUGUUAAUGCUUAUGAAUUCUGGCCAGGGCAGUUUGUUGUUGAGAAGAGUGCUUGUGAUGACCAACAUGUUUCUGGCAACCAAAGAUGGGGAGUUGUAAGUGCUGUGGAUGCAAAGGAACAUACAGUUAGGGUGAAUUGGAAAUCAACCACAGUGAACCAGGCUACUGAUGUGCAGGCCAACCAGAUGGAAGAAACUCUUGGUGCUUAUGAACUGGUUGAGCACCCGGACUACUCCUAUUGUUAUGGUGAUAUCGUAUUCAGAAAUGUAGAUCAGGCUGAUAAGCAUCAUUUGAGUAGGGGGAUGAGUAUGGGUGAUACUGAAAGCAAGGACUGUAAUAGACACCAUAUUCAUAAUGGCUACUUGUCCUGUAUUGGCUAUGUUACAGGCUUUAUAGAUGGUGUGGUGGAGGUGGUGUGGGCUUCUGGUGUUAAAACCAAGGUUGAACCUAGUGACAUUUUCCGAAUUGAUAAAUAUGGAAAUUCAGUGACAAAUUCUGCAAUGAAUGAGCAGAAUAUUGAUGAAAUGAAUGAGGAAAAAGAGAUGAUCGAUCUUGACAAACAAUCCUCUAGCUUGAAAGGAAAGGAUUUGCUAAAUUCUAAUAGCAAGAAUGAGUCCAAAACGUGCCCAUGGAAAUCAAGCUCCUUUUUUCUUCCUCAAUCCACUGUUGGAUUUUUCAAGGGCAUUGCAGCAAGUAUAUUUGAAUCCUUUGGUUCUACAUCGCUGUCUGGCCCAUUACCAUAUGACUCUAUUUCUAAAGAUGACAAUCAAUCUGAGACACCUGAAGAGAAAGGAAUACCAGAAAACUGCAAGCUCUGCACAGAGAUGCAACCUGUAAUACCAGGUGAGAUGCAGAGAUCUGAAAUCACAAGUUUAAAGUGGGAAGUCAAUCUCUUUCAGGACAAUAAAGAAUUUCCACCUUCACCAGAGAGCAAGAGUGUGGGACAGUUCAGACAAUUUGAAAUGGUCAACGAUUGCUCUGAUCACCAAUUUAUUGAAGGUGCAGGCAAGGGAUUGUUUUCAAUAUAUGAGGUUAAAAGAAGUUGGUUGAAGAAGGUCCAACAAGAAUGGAGUACCCUAGAGAAAGAUCUUCCUGAAUCAAUAUAUGUCCGCAUCUAUGAGGAAAGAAUGGAUCUUCUUCGAGCAGCUAUUGUUGGUGCCCCUGGAACUCCCUAUCAUGAUGGGGUGUUCUUCUUUGAUAUAUAUUUUCCUCCAGAGUAUCCUCUUGAACCUCCUUUGGUAUACUAUCAUUCUGGUGGGCUUCGUGUCAAUCCCAAUUUAUAUGAGUCUGGAAAGAUCUGCCUCAGUCUCCUCAACACAUGGACGGGCACAGGCACUGAAGUGUGGAAUCCAGAGAGCUCCAAUAUUCUUCAAGUUCUUCUCUCCCUCCAGGCCCUUGUGCUUAAUGAAAAACCUUAUUUCAAUGAAGCUGGGUAUGAUAAGCAGAUAGGAAGAGCCGAGGGAGAGAAAAAUUCCGUGAGUUAUAAUGAAAAUGCAUUCCUCAUGACCUGGAAGUCCAUGCUUUACUUGCUUCGCCGCCCGCCAAAGCACUUUGAAGCACUCAUGGAGGAACACUUGCAGCAACGAUCUCAAAAUAUUCUAUUGGCUUGUAAAGCAUAUAUGGAAGGAGCUCCAGUAGCAUGCCUAACUGGAAGUGGACAGAUGGAGCAUAGAUGUGAAAGGGGCAGUUCUACUGGUUUCAAACUAAUGCUUGCUAAGAUCUUCCCAAAAUUGGUGGAGGCAUUUUCUGCCCACGGAAUUGAUUGCAGCCAAUUUGCAGAGUUAGCACAUUAAAAUGUGCAGAUCAAUACAUUUGUACCAUAUGUAUAAAAUCUGUAUCGUAUCAAAAUGUGUUUGAAGACUGAAGGAGUGCUUUUAUGCCUGUCUUGUUUGCUUAUUUUGCUUGAAGGAUGUUGUCUAUGAAAUGUCAUCUUGUGUUGUGUAUAUUUUUGAGGGAGAAUAAAGGAGUUGCAGAUAAACAUUAAUACAACUCCUGGUUAUGUGAUUAUGUUAAUGUUCUGUAACAGUGUGAUUAAUAAAAACUAUAAGUAAUUAAGUAUUGUUUA